UGAUUGUCAAUGCGACACACACACACACACACUCACAUGCUGGCACCCAAAGAAUGAGGGAUUGACGCAAGGACAGAGCAACUGCCGUUUCCCUGACAUAUGCUUUCUCUCUGUUGGAAUGUGAUUAUAUCCAUGGGUUAUUGAGAGAGCUCGAAAAGAGUCUGAGGCUGAAGAAGGGAAAACCGAGGGAAAGCGAGAGACCUGGCAGAGCAAUGUGUGUGUGAGGGAAGAGAGAGAGAGAGAGAGAGAGAGAGAGAGAGAGAGAGAGAGAGAGAAGGGGAAGGAAGCAAGGAGGAUGCACUGAGGGAAGCGAGAACGUGAGGAACAGAUUGCAUAGACGCUUUUUGUCCAGGCGUGACUCUUUGGAUAAGAACAGGCGCUCAAGUAACUACAACUCAUUCACUCAAUCCAGCAGCUGUCAUACGGAUUACAAGAGGACUCGUGUAAGAGAGAGCAGGCAAGGCAAGCUGCUUCCACUCCAAAUCCCUUGAUGAAGAUGAGGCUUGUGUGGGAGUGAAGAUCGCAGAGGCACAAGAUCUUGGCAGUAGGCCUGCAGAGCGACUCAGUCGACACGAGAAGCCGCGUCAGGGAAGCAGGGCAAGCAACAGAAGCUCCACAGGAGUAAAUGGAAAAGGAUCGCGACGUCAGCUGCCUCAGCGUAUCAAACCACAAGUGCCUCCUAAACCAGCACACCUCCAGACUCCGGUGAUCGAGCUGUGUAAGCCGCUGGGCAGGAGCUCACCCUUUAACUCCAAGAUGGAGGAGGGCGGAGGAGGAGGGGGGAAAGGCCGAGUGUCUGACCUCAUCAGCCGCUUUGAGGAAAACAGACACACAGACAGGAGAGACGGCUCUCCUCAGAAACACGCAGCCAAACUUGAUAAGUGCAGUACGGUACAGAGGAGUUGCCAGAAACCAACGGAUACUACAGAGCAGUCUCCGGGCUGCAGCACCAGCCAUGACCACAUGCCCUCUACCAAUGGAGUGUUAGCUCAGAUGGACAGAAACGGUGAUGACAGUGGAGCUGUGAGACCAGAUGGCGAACCGCUGCUGAAUGGAGGCAUGGUGGAACAAAGUUUGGACGGGGUCACGGACGUGUCUCAGAUCAUCGUCGAGACGCCUGAGAAAGAGGAUGAGAGCAAAAGAACAGAGGCAGAGAAUGAUGCUAGUAUGGAUGACGGGGGCAUGGAACACAAGGAGACCAACAAACAGAAGCUGCACAAUAUCGCCAGUGAGCUUCUGCAGACAGAGAAGGCCUACGUUGCAAGACUAAAUUUAUUACAGGUGUUUUACUCCAAGCUGACAGAGGAGGCAGGAAAAGGCACGUUUCCUUUGGAGGUGGUGAAGAACAUCUUCUCUAAUAUCUCCUCCAUCUGUACCUUUCACAGCCAGUUUCUGCUGCCAGACCUGGAGAAACGCAUGGGAGAAUGGGAGAUGACGCCUCGAAUCGGGGACAUUCUGCAGAAACUUACACCCUUUCUCAAGAUGUAUGCAGAAUAUGUAAGGAACUUCGAUAAAGCCAUGGAGCUGCUGAAACAAUGGACAGACCGCUCGCCUCAGUUUAAGGCCAUCAUUCAAGACAUCCAGAAGCAGGAAGUGUGUGGGAGUCUGACGCUGCAGCAUCACAUGCUUGAACCAGUACAGAGAGUACCAAGAUAUGAGAUGUUACUCAAAGACUAUCUGAAGAAGCUUCCUCUGGACCACGUGGACCAGAGGGAUGCAGAAAAAUCGUUGGAGAUUAUUGCCACAGCAGCCACACACUCAAACACUGCAAUUCGCAAAUCUGAGAAUCUGAAGAAACUGCUGGAGAUAUAUGAGAUGCUGGGGGAGGAAGAGGACAUUGUGAAUGCCUCCAAUGAGUUUAUAAAAGAGGGCCAUAUUCUCAAACUGGCGGCCAGGAACACCUCAGCUAUGGACCGAUACCUCUUUCUGUUCAACAACAUGCUGCUCUACUGCGUUCCCAAGUUCAGCCUGGUGGGCCAGAAGUUUACGGUGCGCACACGGAUCGGCAUCGAUGGGAUGAAGGUGGCAGAGACGUACAAUGAGGAUUAUCCUCAUACGUUCCAGGUUUCUGGGAAGGAGCGAACCCUUGAGCUGCAGGCAAGCUCUGAACAAGAUAAAGAGGACUGGAUAAAGGCAUUCCAAGAAACAAUAGAGAUCUUUCUCCAAAAGAAUGAGACCUUUAAAAUGGCUGCUAAAGAAGUAGAGGAAGUGUCUAUAACAGACCUGGGAAAACGAGCUCCACGCUGGAUUCGAGACAACGAGGUGACCAUGUGUAUGAAGUGUAGGGAGCCUUUCAACGCUCUCACACGCAGGAGGCAUCACUGUCGAGCCUGUGGCUAUGUGGUAUGCUGGAAGUGCUCAGACAAUAAGGCUCCUCUGGAGUAUGAUGGCAAUAAGAUGAAUAAAGUGUGUCGAGACUGUUACUCCAUUUUAAAAGGCCAUACGGACAGUGAGGAAAAGGAGGGCAAGAAGAAAGGCAUUUUGGAGAUCGAAGCAGCACAGUUCUCAGGCAGCAGUAUAAUGUGCGGCUUCCUGCAGUACUGUGAGAAGAAUAAACCCUGGCAGAAAGUCUGGUGUGUUAUUCCUCAGAAGGAGGCUUUAGUACUGUAUCUGUACGGAGCGCCACAGGACGUUAAGGCUCAGUCCACCAUCCCGCUGCUGGGUUACACUGUAGACGACGCUUCCCGACCCACUGAUCCUCCAGCCAGCUUCCGUCUGUCCCAGUCCAAGUCUGUCCACAGUUUUGCUGCCGAGAGCGAGGACCUGAAGCAGCGCUGGCUCAAAGUGAUCCGAGUGUGUGUGACAGGCGAGGUGGCUACGAGCCCGCCACCUACAGAGACUCACACCGCAGAGAGCAGCCGGGAGCCAAGCACAGAGAGCUUUUAAGUGGAGAAAGAGAGCACGCUGUCAGUGCCAGAGAGAGAGAAAGAGAGGGAGAGGUCAAGGCUGUCAAUCACUCACAUGCAGCAUACAGCACGAUGUGGAUGAGCACUAUUACAGCCAUGCUGGAUUUGAUUUGUGAGCAAAGGAAAAAACAAUGAGGUUCACCUUUUAAAGCUGCUCUGAAACACAGCAGUCCAAAGAGAUGGCACACACAAGUGCUUUGAAACUGAACCGGUGCUCUAGGAUGCUUGGUAACAUGAUCAAAUAUGUCUGAGUGCACUCAUUUCCACACAUUAUGCGCUCAGUAUACAGUAGCUCUGCAGUACACUUCAGAACAUACAGGCAGUGCUGUUCCUCUAGUGUGCCAUCAGUAGAAUUAUCUACGCAUCGUGUAUAUAUAUCGUAGCAUUCUGUCUGUAUGUAUGGAUAUGCCCUCACUGUCUCUUUUAUAAAGAUGUGAAGUGAAUCCAGGCCUCUUCCAUGCUGAAGGCAAGUCUGAGUUGAAAUUCAGGCCUCAUCAGUACUCUAGGAAGAGACAUUAUCAUACCCCCCCUCAUACGGACAAAAUUUAGUCGCAAUAAACACGACUCACGUCCGUGCACCUGGAGAACAUCAGGAGUCGUGACGUCGUGUCUACAACCUCAUUCUUCAUUCCCUCAUUCCCAGCACAUCAGCAGAAGAAUCGCUCUGCUCAAACGUGUCCCAUACAGACUACAAUGUGCAAGGAGACACAACAAUACCACAGUAAAGUGUUACAUAAGCUGGGCUUUAUAUUAGACUGUCUACUGAAUGGUCUCAAACUAUAGUUUUACCCAAGCUGGUGCAUGUGUUGUCUUUAUAAAACAUUUUUAAAUGUCAAUUAAAGGAAUACUCCAGUGUUUAUUAACCUAAUAUCUAUGUAAAGCUUCUGUGACAUAACAUGUAUCCUAAAUAAGAAUGUAGACACUUUACACUAUACAGAGAAAAGUGCAAAAACAUACUGUAGAUUUCAAUAGAAUUUAAGUUUAAGGGCAGUUGUUCAACACUAUUAUGUACAUGCCACAUACUGGCAUGCACACAAUUAUGAAAUCUGUACACUCCAAGUUACUCAACUUGGUAUUGUGUUUCUUAAGCACAUUGUGUCAAAACCCACCAUGUUUGCUGACCAAAUUUCUUUGUGUCUUAAAACUAGGCUAUUUAUGAGUCUUAUUCAUUCUUUUCACACAUUUAAAAAGACUUGAAUCCUGUACACUAUACACCGUGGACCAUGAGAAGCAGUUGCAGUGUUAAAUUUCUAAUAUGAAAGUCAGUGUUAGUGUUCAUUAAGGCCACUGAUUAUACUGGUAUGUGACUUUUGGUUCUUCGGUAAGAAUUAUUCAUGCUGCACCACAGUUUUUCAUCCAGCAACUGGUAGUUCUUUCGGUUAGUUAAGCUUUGUCACAGGUUUUAAGUCAAGUUGAAUAUAAGAUGUGAAACAUUAAAUAGUUUUCGUUAAAAGUGUAUUUCCAUCACUGAAAGGAAAAGCGUAGUGGUUCAUUUAUAAGCACUCUUAGGAAAGAAUUUGUGAAAGCGAUCUAUGGAAAUUUUUUGCAGUGUAAACAUUUAUAGUCCUAACACCUGCCCAAACACCUGCCCUAACAACUGCCCUAACAACUGCCCUUAGACCUUCAACGCUUUUCCCAGUCAAACCUAAUCAGGUUUCCUACAGGUGUUGAAUAUCUCAAUCUCACAUGCACUUCAUGCAGACUAGAUUUUGAUUGAAAAAAGUAUAUACUAUAUCCUUAUACACUGAAGUAUUCCUUUAAAAAUGCUCAUCGUCCACAAGCACAGAUUAUUUCUUCAUUUUUUAAUUUCUUUUCUCUGUUGGCUGUUUGAACGUGUCCUUUAGACACAUGCUAUCGAGCCGGCCAGUGGGAGUGCGCACGUGCGCGUGCGUGCGUGUGUGUGUGUGCGUGCGUGUUUGUUAACGCUACUGAUCUGUGUCUUAAAUAAGACUUCCUGUACAAUCAAGGACAAAUAAACCCACAAGCUGGGAAAGACAUGUAAAUGUUUUAUGAAAUACUGUAAUUAGUUUUAUUAUUUAAGAGUAAUUUAUAAUUGAUGUGCAUGAUUUAAAAAAAAAAAAAAAAAGCACAACGUAUGGUUUCCUAUUUCUUUGUUUUAUUUUUUAUUUUUUCAGAUUUUAUUGUCCAGUUACCAAACACUUGGUAUACAGAAACCCAUCAUAAAAUUGGUUCUGUUUCUUUUUCCCUAUCGUCAGUCAUAUUAUUGACAGCUACAGGUGAAAGUGGUCAGUGUUCUCUGAAUGUUGUGCGUCUGACAUUCAGAACAUUUCUUCACAGAGAGUGAAGUGCUGCAGGUUGCAUAUACAAGUGUAAUGUAGUGUUUUAGGUUUGUAGAGCUAACACGUGAUACACAAUACAUCACGCUUGUGCUUCUGUAGCUGAGACGUCACUGUGUCGUCUUCUUGCUGGAAACAUUCAGUCUGGUUUGAUCUAAAUACCCAUUGAUCUGAUCUCAUUAAACGGAACCAGAUUAAUGGAAUCAGAGAGUGAUUGGAAAGUGAGAGAGAUGAGAUAUGAAUCCUGAAAAAAUGCACAACAAGCAUCAGAGUAUCGAGCAAAUGUUUUGUACUGAAUAUUAAAUUCCAGGUAACAGCUAGAUCAAAAUGUAGAUAAACACUGAACGAGUGAAUGAAUGAGUUGUUUGGCAGAGUUCCAGCAUCCAUUAGACUUUUUUUAGCCACAAAAUUAGUGACUUGUGACUUGAAAUGAAUAAAUGAAUGGAUUACCUGAAUAUAAUAAUUGCAAUAUAAUAAAGUUGUGUGCACCUGCUGUUUCUUUUUGAAAGUAGGCCACUGGUUUAUUCUCCUUUUCCUGUCAGCAUUAGUUAGAAACACACUUUUAGACUUGUGUGGACACAAAGUUUUAUACAUCUGUAUUUAUUUCCGUCUCUAAAUCCGAAAUGCACUUUACCAUCUAUAAUGUGUACAUUGUAUGAAUAAAGAAAUCAAUAUAAUCAAA